AUGGUGUUCUCCACCAGUACUCAUCCUAGUGCACCAUCCACAGCGUCCAUAGAUAUAGACGGCCCUCCCGACUUAGUUUAUAAAGGCGUUUAUGUUGCAAACAAGCCCGACAACACUCUUUGGGAUGUCGCUUUUAAGAACGGUCACAUCAGCGCUCUGGACGAGCACAAGGUGCCAGAUCAAGAGCACAUCACCGAAAAGCAUCAUGAUGGAGACCAUCAUCGUGGCACCAAGUUCUUGUGUCCUUCUCUGUGCCAUCCGCAUAUACACCUUGACAAGUGCUUCCUGCUCUCCCAUCCAAAGUACUCGGAUCUGGAGAUCAAGGACGGUGACUUUGCCGAAGCAAUGAAGUUGACAAGCGAGGCAAAGCGCAGAUACGAGGUAGAUGACUUGAUCGAAAGAGGCCAAGCUUUGAUCGAAGAGAGUAUCGAACUGGGAGUCACCCAUAUGAGGGCAUUCGUUGAAGUUGAUCUUGUGGUUCAAAUGAAAUGUCUCGAUGCCGGUCUGGCACUCAAGGAGAAGUUCCAGGAUCGUAUAUAUAUGCAGAUUUGCGUCUUUGCUCAGGACCCAAUUGUCAGUUAUGGAGACAAUGGAAAGGCGAUGAUGGAGUUACUUGAAGUUGCUGCCAACAGACACGGUGUCUCUUGCUUUGGGAGUACACCGUAUGUUGAGAAGGAUGGGGAUCGCAUUAAGCAGCUGGCCAACAUAGAAUUUGCUAUUAAGACAGCCAUGCGUUGUAAACUUCACCUCGACUUCCAUAUCGACUAUAACCUGGAUCCAAACCAGCCCAGUAUGGUUGGGGAGACCAUAGAGCUCUUGCAUAAGAUGAAGUGGCCCACGGAUUGCAACGAACACUUGUACCGCUCGAUUAUUUUUAGCCACUGCUCUCGUCUUACCCUGUUCAGCCAACAUGAAUGGCUGGAACUACGUCGCAAGAUACUAGGAUUGCCGGUCUCUUUCAUUGGACUGCCUAAUUCAGAUCUCUUUAUGAUGGGCCGACCAGGAAAAGAGGACGUGGAACAAACUACCCAGAGAGUUCGUGGCACCUUGCAGGUCCUCGAUAUCAUCCAGAGAUAUGCCAUGAAUGCAGCAAUAGGAAUCAAUAACGUCGGAAACGCAUUCACGCCUCACGGCAGCUGUGAUCCACUUAGCCUGGCGAGUUUUGGUCAAUGCGUCUCCCAUCGGGCCAAGACGGCCAUAGGAAUCCGUCUGACGAUCGCCAACGAGAUUGAUAUUGACGUUGGAGACGAAGCACACUUCAUCAUCUUCGGCAACGAGAAUCCCAGCCGGCCGUUCAGAACGAGGAAGACGAUUCAGGAUGUGGUUUGCGAUCCGAGCCGAGACCGAACAACGAUUUACAAAGGGAAGGUCGUCAGCAACACAAGUAGAGAGUCCGCCGGGAUCGGCAGCUGUGCCUUACGAGGCUAUGGGGAGUCGCUUAUCUUAUCACUUGAUGCAUCGAGAGCUGGCUAA